AUGACAACGAGUGGUGGUGGGACAGCGCCGGAGCCAAGCAAGGAGCCGCUGACAUCAAAUGGAACGCCAAGUCCAGUCAAGUGCAAUAUGAACAAGACAAAGAGACUUUUGCCAAAUGAAUUACGGAAACGACGUCGGGCAGCAAAGCUCCAAGUAUCGGCAGAGAACAAGACGCAGCCAAGGUUGACACAAGAAGCUACCGAGGGAAAAGGAAAUGCAUUACACGACCAAUUUCUGGCACAAGAGACGGAGGAGGCAAGUGAUUCUGAGUUGUCGACUGUUAUAGUGCAAAAGGCCGCUUCAUUGGCUCUUUGUGCGGAGAAAAAGGUGCCGCUUGUAGCUGUUGACACGGCCACACGCUUGCAUUCACUAUAUGCAUCGUCAUUCUUGAGCCAAAAGAAGAGGCGAAAGCUCAUUCCAGCUGCAAAUGUCCCGAACAUCUUUUAUGUUACAGAUCUACCGCUGGACAUCGUGCCCAAGACGAAAUUAUCUAUUCUUACCGCAUUUCCGUAUCCUUUUGCACGUGUCAAUUCACGGAUUAAGAAACAAGCACUUCAGCAAUUUGUUGCUGGCAGUGCUAUUCAAUCUACUUUUCAGAAUAACGCUAUACAAUGGCAGCAGGCACUACAUUAUUUCGUACACCCUGCGGAUUCAGCCCCGGCAUCCAUGCUCUUUACCCGCACCACUGGUGAAAAUACAAGCAAACAGUUAGUAGGAGGACUCAAAAGCGAGCGCAAACGAGUAGAAAAUGAUUUUCUUACGGCACGGUGGAAUACGUGGCAGAAAGCAUUUCGUGACGUCUACAUGAGCUUCCGGCGAGGUUCUAAGGCUCACGACACCUCAUUCUAUCUUCGUUCAAGUGACUUCGUGGUGUACUUCCACUACGAGACCGGCAGUGAAAAAACAACAAAAGAGACUGAGGACAUCUCGUCAAUUCUUAACUUGUGUCGGCAGCAUGGCACAGAAGCAAAGCUUUUGGAGAAAAAAGUAGAGAGCAAGUGUAUUAAGAACCGAAAACUUCGUGCCGUCAUGUCCCAAUCAAGUGGGAGAACCCGCAAGGCAUUGCACCAUCUUAACGUCGCGUACACUAUGCCGUACAUUAAUGCAAAACAAACGCAGCGCGAGGUCGGUGAGUUUCAUAUGCUGGCAGAAGAACUUGAUGCGAACUGCUCCAGCAACCGAGACAAUGGUGAUGGCACGACUCUUGCACCCAUAGCUCGGGGGACGUUCGCUCGAGAGAAUAUGCGUGGUGCAGACUCGCUGCUCCUCUUUCACGGACACGAUGCUGUUCAUGGACUUUAUGAAUUUCUUAUCAACCGUGCGCCCAUGUCGAAUCAAGACGUACCAGAAUUGUAUGCGUUACAUCCAUUUGCGAACGCUUCGAUUCAAAACUUGCAGGUGACGUCAUUUGGUCGAGUUGGUGGUGCUCCGACUGAAUCACUUGCAGCAGACCAGUCAUCACGAUCGAAUACACUAUUUCGGACCGAGAUUCUUGGCUUCUGCUUUGCUUCGAGCAUUGCGAGACUGCUUGCUAUACUGAAGGAUGAGUGGGAAACAAUAAAGAUAUCUCACAGUUUGUCAGCAUCAGCUGUGAAUGAAGAAUCGGCAAUAGGAAUGCAAAGGUCUCAAAUUGCGCUGCGCAUGUACAUGGAGGCAGUCACAGGUGCUGAGCGACUGAAUGCCAUUAAGCUUGACGAGCAAGUUGCAAAAGGUGGUGGUGAUCAACAAGAACAACACAAGCGUCAACAAGAGCUCGAAUAUUCCAAGAGGCGAUUGGAGACCGUGGGUAUAAUGACAAUAGAAAGCCGGUACAAUGUGGAAACGACAACUCGUUCGAUGGUUGUCCGACGUUAA